AUGGACAACACUCGAAUAAUGGAGAAACGUAAGAAAAACCACCAGCGAUGGUUGGAACGGCAGGAACGAUCACGAUUAAGUCGUGCAGAGAUUGAUAUGCUGCGGAAGAAACGAGAAGAACUCCGCACAUCUCUGGACAAAGAAGAGCAUUCUUUCACUAACCAUGAUGAUAAUAAUAAUAAUAAUAAUAAUAAUAAUAAUAAUAAUAAUAAUAAUAAUAAUAAUAAUAAUAAUAAUAAUAGUAAUAAUAAUAAUAAUAAUAAUAAUGUGAAGAAGGAUGAAGUACAAGGUGAUGGUCCACAGCUUGUCUACACACACUUCAAUCAACUUCCUCUCUCCCAACGCACACAACUUGGAUUAGAACGUGGUGGUUACUCCCGCAUGACGCCUAUUCAAACAGACACUUUACAUCUCGCUCUCGCCGGUUAUGAUGUGCUUGGCGCAGCGAAAACAGGAUCUGGUAAAACUCUCUGUUUUGUUCUCCCAUUACUGGAACGUCUCUUUGUGGAACAGUGGGAUGCCUCUCUUGGUGUUGGUGCACUUGUAUUAAGUCCAACCCGUGAACUUGCCUUGCAGAUAUUUAAAGUUUUGCAAGUAGUGGGAUAUAAACAUGUCUUCUCUGCGGCUUUACUCACAGGUGGUCGUGAUGUUGUAGAAGAACGUAAACGACUUCAGGCGAUUUGUAUCAUUAUUGGUACACCCGGUCGUGUUUUACAUCACUUGGAAGAUGAUGCUCAACUCGUUACGGAUAAUGUACUGAUGUUGGUAUUGGAUGAAGCGGAUCGUUUACUGGAUAUGGGAUUUCGUGAUGCCUUAUUACGACUUUUACAACAUCUCCCAACAGAACGACAAACAUUACUUUUCUCCGCUACACAAACAACAGAUGUUCGUAUGUUAGCACAAAUGUCUUUACGACAUGCACGGUAUGUUACGGCACAUGCCACCACUGCUGCUCCUACACCCGCUACACUUUGUCAAAACUUUAUUAUAUUGGAGCCACAUCGUAAAUUGGAUGCUCUUUUAUUAUUUUUAAAAAGACACCCAAAUGAUAAGGUUGUGGUAUUUGUCAGUACAUGUAAUCAGGUACGAUUUAUGUACCUUGCUUUCUCUCGUAUUCUUAAAAAGAUGCGUAUUCCAUGUAUGUGUCUUACCAGUAAGAUGAAACAAUUCCGUCGAGAAGAAGUUUUUCUCACUUUCUGUCGUUGCAAAAGUGCUGUACUUUUCUGCACAGAUGUCGCCGCUCGAGGAUUGGAUUUCCCACUUGUUCAUUGGUCUGUACAAUUUGAUUGUCCAGAUAGUGCACAAACGUAUAUUCAUCGUGCUGGUCGAACUGCCCGUGCGGGGGCUCGUGGUGUGAGUUUACUCUUUCUCACUCCACGUGAAACUCCAAUGCUUUCAUUUCUCGCUCAUAAACAUAUUCCACUACGGGAAAUUGCGAUUCGUCCAGGCAUGCUGCAGGAAUCCCGUGAGAUCUUUGUAGCCUUAGUCGUACAAGGAUUAAAGUAUGAAGCCCAGAAGGCGUUUAUUGCCUAUCUUCGCUCCAUUUACUUUGCCUCCAAUAAACUUGUUUUUGAUAUGAAUGCCAUUGAUGUAGGACCUUUUGCCCAUUCUCUUGGUUUAUUAAAGGUACCUGAUAUGACUGAACUGCAGAAUACACGGCGAGGGGCAAAGAAUCUCCCAUGGGAUAUUGUAAACUACAUGGCAAAUCGUGAUCAGAAACAACAGGCACAACAACCAUGUACACGACGGGAAAAACAUCUCGCCGCUUCCGAUAUGUUCCGUACUCUUCAACAAAAACAACGCUACGUCACUAAGGAUGAGGAUGAUGAAGAUAAACAUCACAGUGGAGAGGAAGAAGUUGAUAAUGACCGUACAAGGAAGGCAAAGAAACGUGGAGAGAAGGAAAACGAUGAAGAUGAUGAUGAUGAUGAUGAUGAUGAUGAUUUCCUUGUAAAGCGACCACGCACAGAUGAGGAUGGUAAUUCAGAUCAAAAGACUAUGCAACUAAGCGUUGAGGAGCGUAUGGCGGGUCUUUCAAAGCGAAAGGUGCGAAAGUAUAUUGAGGCAGCCGAUCUGCGUGUGCGGGAUCUUGGGUUAAGUAAACACAUCGUCUUUGCAGAUGAUGAUGAUGAUGAUGAGGAGGAGGAGGAGGAGGAGAAUAAGAAUCAUAAUGAGGAUGAUGAUCACAAUGCGGCAGCAGCGAAGAAGAAGAAGAAUAAGAAGAAGAAGAAUGUGGAGGGUGAAGUACAUGAACUCGUCUCAAGCAACAACAACGAGAAGACCCACCUCUCUUCUGCUAAAUCUACCACCACCACAACAAGAGAUGGAGAUGAUGAAAAGGAAGAGACUACAGAUAAUGAUGAUAAUGAUGAGGAAGAAGAUGCUAUUGCAAACUAUGCGGCACAGUUGCGGCAGCGCAUGCAAAGCAAAUCAGCAGAUGAUGCCGAUCGUGCCAAACGACUGCGGCGACUGCGACGAUUGCAGCGUGAUGGAAAGAUUGCAAAACAGACCGCACUUGAAGAAAGUGGCGUCUCUGCUGAUAUCCGCCGUAAAGAUACCACAAACAGUAACCGUAAACACCAUGAUGAUUCCGACAAUGAAGAGGCAUCUUCAGAUAUGGAUAGUAUCAGCAGUGGGGGAUCUCUUGCUCGUCUCAUUAAAGCCGCUAAAGGGGAAUUGUACUCCGAUGAUGAUGAUGAUAAUGAAGAUAAUGAUGAUGAUGAUGAUGACGAUGCAGCAUCUCAUCAAGGUAGCAUCAGCAGCAGUAGCAGUGAAGACACUUCCAUGCAACCACAACGAAAGAAAAACAGACGAUUUUAA